AUGCGACUACGUCCUAUCGUACAGCUGAGUACUGCUGCACUCCUGACGCGUAUUGUGAUUUCCUCCGGCUCCAACAAGGUAAAGAACCAGACCAGUGCUCACUUCGAUGGUCCUGCUCACGACAACAUCCCGGCCAAUCGGCUUAUGAUGGCGGAAAACACCAUGAAUAGUGAUGAGAGGAUGCCACAAGAAACCAUGGCCUCACUGGUGUCUGGACUGACGAAAAAGGUGGUAGCAAAUGCAGUCGAAGAAGCCAUGAAAGUUUUUCAUGCUAAUGACAAGGCGUACAUGCUUACCAAAGAAGCUUGGAACGAAUGGAAAGAACUUGACCCCCACGUCCACGAGGUAGCUGUGGAGAUACUAUCUCAUUGCACAUUGGAAAGAGUGGCUCCACCAAAAGCAGACGAGAAGGCUUUGCAUCAUAUGAUUCUCGACAAGACCCACACCUUUGAAGACGGUGGUGCUAAGCAACUUAUGCACGCGACAAUCGUCCCAAACAGCAAUUCGAUGGAUGAGAUGUACCGGAUGCGACACGAUUCGACAGCAACCGACGGUUUCACUUCUUCCGAUGUAGAGCGCUUUGCCAGCAAAGUGAACGGAAGGAAGAACUACGAGUCGCUGAAUCAGUUGCUGAUAGACUCUGGUGCUGCGCCCCGACUCGCACCCGCUGUGUCGACCGGCAGAAGGCGUCGCCCUGCCGUGGGUCAUUCACAGCAGACGUUGCGUGCGAAGCUAAAGAGAUGGGCGAACGAGGGUCAGUCUGUCCAAACCGUUUCCAGAUUGCUCGGGUCCUCCACGUCGGAACCGAAACGUCUCACAUACGAAGAGAUGUGUAUUUUGUCUGAGUACAUUUUACUUUACAACAACAAACGUCGCACGAAGGCACGUGGUAAAGUAGUCGAUGCGUUUUCGUAUUUCAUAAAGAAGUGUGGCGAUAGUAGACUCGCGCUGAUGAUAUUGGGAGGAACGAAGGUGCCUCAGCUUGUCGACAGACUCUUUAUCAAGAAAGCGAUCGGCCACGGAAAAACACCCGCCGAAUUUAUCGAUACUAUCCUUAUGCUUGCAUUCGAUGUGGAGAGCUUGCUGGGUCCGUUGUUGGCAGCUUUUGGCGGCGCAGCCAAACUUGCACCUCUCUUGAAAACCGUGAGGGAAAGCGGUUUCAGCAAGGAUAGUGCAAAGCAGCUGCAGCACGCGAUGUUUCUGAGCUGGUUGGACAGCGGUAAGACUGACGAUGCCGUUUUUGACCUGCUUGGUCUUUCCGAAAUCUGGAAGAGUGGUCUGAUUUGCGAAAACAUGAAUACUUUCGUUGAAUACAUCUCAGUGCGCAACGAACACUAUACAACCGGUAUUGAUGCGCUAAUGUAUCUGCGGAGAAAGUUCGGCGACACAGGACUCUCAAUAAUUAUGCGGGAAGAAGAAGAAGCACUCCGAAUCAUGAAAAUGAGAGAGAUUUCCUUCUCGGACCGCCAAGUAGACGAAAGUAAAUCGUCGGCGGAUUUCGUAGGCGAUCUCCUGGCGGCAUCAACCAAUGUAGUCGGGCUGCUGGAUCCAUUGCUAAUAGUCUUUGGUGGCGCAGCCAAACUUGCACCCAUUUUGUCAAUUGCAAAAAUGAAUCCUGUCACCAGGGAAAAAGCAGUGGAGCUGCGGCAUGCGAUGCUAACGAGCUGGGCGAAAAGCCGUAAAAAUGCUUAUGCCGUUUCUGACUUACUUGAGCUCACCGAGCUGAAGGAGAGAGGUCUGGUAUACGAAAACCUGGACUUUUUCGCUGAAUACCUCGUACUAUGCAACAAAAUAAGUGGCGGUGGGAUGGAUAUAAUUGCGUAUCUAAGAACGCAAUUUGGCGAUAACGUUCUCACGCUGACGAUACUGGAGAGGAAAGAAGUGUCAAGCUUCACCAAAGAGUUUGACAGAGCUCUCAUUCAGCGUUGGAGGGAUGAGGGCAAGACCCUCGCAAACGUAUGUGACGAAGUCAUGGAAGACGAUUUGACAUGGCAAGACCGGGUUCGAAUCGUUGACUAUUUUAAGAGCGUUAUGACUCUUGGAUAA